AUGGACGCACGCCGCCCGUUCGACGAAAUGCCCCCUCACAAGCGGCCCAGGAACGAGCAAGAGACACCUGCGGAGAGCGAGGUGGAUCGCAUCAGCGACCUCCCGGAGGGCGUUCUCCACCACUUGCUGUCGCUCAUGCCAGCACAUGAUGCGGUGCGGACGUGCGUGUUCGGCCAGCGCUGGCGCCACCUCUGGAGGUCUGCUCCGGCCAUCAGCUUUACCACUUUCGACGGGUUUAGGAGCGCGGACAGGUUCAACCAGUUCGUGGACCGCCUGCUUCUGCUACGUCGCCACGGAGCGCCUCUAGAGUCAUGCAAUUUUCUUCUCGUCGAGACCGAGGUGUAUUCUGAUGUGUUCCUGGCCGCCAACGAGCGUACCGUGAGCGGCUGGAUCAGUCGUGCUUUGCGCCUCCAAGUCAGGGUACUCAGGUUCUGUAUUGGAUUCGACGACCUUUUUUGGCUACCUGACACACCUCUCUUCUCCCAGCACCUCACAGUGUUAGAGCUUGACGGUGUAACUACCAACGAAAGAGUUCUUGAUUUUUCGGGUUGUCCAUUGCUAGUUGAUCUUAAAAUGGAGGGUUGUUUUGUAAAUUCUGAUAAAAUGUCAUCGUCAUCUUUGAAACAUCUGCGGAUGAGUUCCUGCAUGUUUUAUGAUAAUCACCGGACCCGAUUAUCUUUACCCAAUCUUGUUUCGUUGGAACUGGACUAUAUUCCGGGUAGGACUCCAUUGCUUGAAAGCAUGCCAUCCUUGGUAACUGCAAUCGUCAGGCUUGGGUGUGAAUCUUGUGAUCGUUGCGAGGAGGGUGAACCUGGUGGUUGUGAUGAUCAUCUGUGUGAGGGCUGUCGAUACUAUUAUGAUUCUGAUGAUUACCGUGGGCACUCUGUGAUCCUUCAAGGUUUAUUGCAAGCUACAUCCUUGGAGUUAUCAUCUGAACCUGAUGUGAUUGUUUUCAAAAGGGACAUAAAGUGGUGCCCUACAUUUAGCAAGUUAAAGACUUUGGUUCUGGAUGAAUGGUUUGCGACUGAUGACCUCAGUGCAUUAAUUUGGUUUCUCCAACACUCGCCAAUUCUAGAGAAGCUUUCUCUUCAACUUCCAGUGGUGGUACCCAAAAAAUCAGUAAGAAGAUACAGUCCAAUUGAACAAUCAGUUGCAUCUGAUUAUCUUGAAUUAGUUGAAAUCAAAUGUCAAGAGAUUGAUGAGAUGGUUGUCGCGAUCUUGGAGAUUUUAAAUGUCUUUGGCGUACCACUGGAGAGAAUUCAGAUCCAUAAGAGUUCAUGUUUUGGCUCUUCCAGUUAUGUUUGGACAUGCUCGAGGAGCCAUGGAGAUUCACCAUUUUCGAGGGAGGAGGUCUGGUUAUUCAUUGAUUUAACGUCUGCUGAUCAUCCGAGAUGUACGCAACAUGUUCCCAGUAGGGAUGUUGCUGUCCUACAUUGA